UCAAGGUCCAACAGAAGGCCGGAAAAGCGUCGCGUUUGGCUCGUUAUAAAAGCAGACGAUCAUUGGGACAAACGAUCACAGUUCACUUGCAACGUUUUCGCGAUCAUAUCCAAUCGACCAACGCACUCAACUGUGACCAUGAAGGGAUUCAUCGCGAUCGCUGUGUUGGCUCUGGCCACUGUCUCCCAGGGAUCAUAUCUGCCAGCGGUGCAGUCGGUCCUUCCGUACGCCUACAGCUCUGGCCUCCAUGGCCUGGGUGCCUAUGAUGGUCUGGGUCAUUACUCGUCGCUCGGUGGACUGGGAUACUCGUCCGUGCUGGACCAUGGCCUCUCCUACCCGUACUCGGCCGCUCUUCCGUACUCUGUCUACAACAACGGUCUGUAUGGAGGAUACUACGGUGCCAAGUACGCUCCGACUGUGGUCCAGGCCAACGUGAACACUCUGAAGACGGUCAGCCCGGUGGGUCUAUAUAGCGGAUACUACGGUGCCAAGUACGCCCCAACUGUGGUCCAGGCCAACGUGAACACUCUGAAGACGGUCAGCCCGCUGGGUCUGUAUGGAGGAUACGGUGUGGAGCACGGAUACGGUCUCGGUCACGGAUACGGCUACGGAUACAACAACUACCUCCCAGUCCAGGGUCAUGCCGCGAAGUACGUUGCUGCCAACCCGGGAGCCGUUCAUGUGGCCCCUCUGCCAGGCCAUCUGGUGAACCAGAAGUCGAUUGUUGCUUAAAGGAUUGGUAUUGAUGUGUAAAUAAAUUUUAUAGAGAUUUUGCAAUGGUUAA